UAUUUUUAUGAACCUCAUAGGGUGAGGGAAAGUCUUACACCAAUUGAGAAAGCAAAAGAAGAAACAAAAAUAAAGAAAAACACCGAACAGAUUUCUUGAACUUUCACAGAACAAACUAAUCCUCUUCAGUCUUCACUCCUCACUAAAUUUUCUGCGGAUUCUCUUUGGUUACUUUCGUUUCCCAUAUUUCCUUGUUCCUUCCUUCCCACGAACGAAUCAUGUCAAUCAUCGGAGAGGCUGCUUUAUCCGCUUUCUUUGAGGUGCUGUUUAAGAAGCUAGCCUCCUCUGAUUUGUUGAAGAUCAUUCAGCAAGAACAACUUCAUGCUGAGCUCAAGAAGUGGAAGACAUCGUUAUUGAAAAUCCGUGCGGUUUUGGAUGACGCAGAAGAAAAGCAGUUGACAAGCAGGUUGGUGAAGAUCUGGUUGGAUGAACUCCAAGACUUGGCUUAUGAUGCAGAUGACAUCUUGGACGAGUUUGCUACUGAAGCUUUGCGACGUAGGUUGAAUGCAGAACCAGGCACAAGUAAGAUACGGAAUUUUGUCCCUGCUUGUUGUGUAAGUUUCAAUCCAAGUUUUGUUAUGUUCGAUGCCAAUAUGCGGUCCAAGAUUGAAGUUAUCAAUACAAGACUGCAAAAAAUUGUGACAGAAAAGAAUGAUCUGGGAUUGAUAGAAAAUACUGGGGGAAGGAUUAGAACAACAAGAUCAUGGGUGCCCACAACUUCUCUGGUGAAUGAAAAACAAAAUUAUGGCAGGGAUAAAGAUAAAAAGGCUAUUGUUGAUUUGUUGCUAAGCCGUGAAUUAAGUGAUGCUCAACUCUCUGUGAUUCCCAUACUUGGGUAUGGGGGGAUUGGGUAAGACAACUCUUGCCCAACUAGUCUACAACGACGAUGAUGUGAGCUGUUAUUUUGAUUUGAAAGCAUGGGCUUGUGUUUCUGAUGAUUUUGACAUUGUAAGGGUAACAAAAGUAAUACUAGAAUCUAUCAUUGCUCCCGAGACUUACGAUGUUAAUGAUUUGAAUUUACUACAAGUCAAAUUGAAGGAGAAACUAUCUGACAAGAAGUUCUUGUUCAUUCUGGAUGACGUUUGGAAUGAAGACUACAAUGAUUGGACUAAACUACGUAGUCCUUUUGAAUUUGGCGCACCAGGAAGUAAGAUUAUUGUCACAACUCGGAAUCAUGGUGUUUCAUUAACAAUGGGAACUACUCCAACUUAUGAGUUGAAAGAUUUGUCAAAUGAUGCUUGUUGGCGUGUAUUUACUCAACACGCAUUGGGGGCAACAGAUUUUACUAUGCAUCCAGAACUUGAAGAUAUUGGUAGAGGUAUUUUAGAUAAGUGUAAGGGUUCACCUUUAGCAGCAAAAGUAUUGGGAGGCCUUUUACGCGCUAAACACAGUUGUGAUGAGUGGAAAAAUGUGUUAAACAGUAAGAUUUGGGAUAUUCCAGAAGAGAAAAGCAGUAUUCUUUCAAUUCUUAAAUUAAGCUACGAAUAUCUCCCUUCACAUUUAAAAAGGUGUUUUGCAUAUUGUUCUCUAUUCCCAAAGGAUUAUAAAUUCAAGGAAAAAGAGCUAGUCUUGUUAUGGAUGGCAGAAGGUUUGGUUCAAGAAACAGAGAGAAACAAGCCGAUGGAAGAUAUUGGAAGUGAGUAUUUUCAAGAUCUACUUAUGAGAUCGUUUUUUCAACAAUCAUACAGUGAUGAAUCACUCUUCGUCAUGCAUGAUCUUAUCAAUGAUAUUGCUCAAUGGGCAGCAGGAGGCUUGUGCUAUAGAUUGGAAGAUACAUUGUGUGGUAAUAACCAAUCUGAUAUUUUUACAAAGGUACGCCAUUUCUCUUAUGUUCAAUCUAUGUAUGAUGGAAUUAAAAAGUUUGAAGAUUUCCCCAAAGAUAUGCAUCUACGAACCUUCAUGUCAUUACCAAUAAAAAAUUGGGGCUAUUUAACAAAUGACGUUCCUAGUCGUUUAUUGCCACAAUUAAGAUAUUUAAGGGUAUUAUCCUUAGGCGGAUAUCAAAUCUUUGAGAUACCAAAUUCAAUUAGUGAUUUGAAACACUUAAGAUACCUCAACCUUUCUAACACUUCAAUUAGGAGUUUACCAGCAUCAACAAGUUCUUUAUACAAUUUGCAGACAUUGUUAUUGAAAGGUUGUUCUCGCCUCACAAAGUUACCAAUGAAAAUUGGGAAUCUUGUCAAUCUUCAACAUCUAGAUAUUACAAAUGCAGAUUCAAUCAAAGAGAUGCCAAUGGGAAUAGAAGAAUUAAAAAACCUACAAACACUAUCCAAUUUUAUAGUCGGGAAAGAUACUGGAUCCAAGAUAGGAGAUUUAUUGAACUUGGAGUUCCUUCGGGGAAGACUUUGUAUUUCAAGCUUGGAGAAUGUGCUUGAUGUUGAGGAGGCAAGAAAGGCCAAUUUAAAUGGUAAAAGGGGUUUAGAUGCAUUAGUGAUGAAAUGGGAGCAUGCAGUAGAUGAUAUACAAGACAGUGGAAUUGCAAUAGAUGUUCUUAAUAUGCUUCGACCUAAUACAAUGGUGAAAACACUUUUCAUUGAGGGCUAUGUUGGUACACAAUUCCCAACGUGGUUAAGAGAUCCUUCCUUUUCUAAUAUGGUAGAGCUAAAGAUUGAUAGAUGUGGAAAAUGUAUGUCCUUACCUGCGGUCGGACAACUACCCUCUCUUAAAUACCUUGUCAUUAUAAGAAUGGGUCGGGUGCAAAUUGUUGGUCCUGAGUUUUAUGGGGAUGGUUGCUUGAAGCCUUUUCAAUCGUUAGAGACCCUUUGCUUUGAUGAUAUGCAAGAAUGGCGAGAUUGGAUUCCUUGCAAAGAUGAGUAUGAAGAAUUCCCUCGCUUGCGUGAGCUUUCUAUCUCUCGAUGCCCCAAAUUGCAAGGAAAAUUGCCCCGUCAUCUCUCAUCUUUGGUAAAAUUUUCUAUUCAUGAGUGUGAGCAAUUGGUUGUUUCAAUUCCAAGCCUUCCAAAGCUUCAUGAAUUUGAAAUUGUGGGAUGCAAAGAGGUGAACAAGAGCGAGGUUGAGUUAUGCUUGCUAAAGUCCAUGGUUCUUUCUAUUCCAGAUCUGAAAAGUUUGACGGAGGAGUUCAUGCAUGGGUUAGCAAAGGUAGAAAAUCUGACAAUAAAUGAUUGCAAGGAGUUGACAUCUCUAUGGCCAAAUAGGUUCACCUCCCUUGUAACACUACAUAUGAUAUCGUGCCCAAGUCUUGUCAACAUCAAUUGCUUGACGUCUACGUUAAGGACACUGAAAAUUGUAGGUUGCAGUGCUUUGAAAUCCUUGCCAAUGUCCAAUUGUACAUGUAUAGAAUAUGCAACUAUUGAGGUAUGUAAUUCUUUGAUGUUCAUAUCAAGAGGCCAGCUACCUCCAACUUUGAAAAGGCUAGAGAUAAAUGAUUGUGAGAAUUUGCAGUUUGUGGUAGACGAGGGGGAGGCUUCUUCUUCUUCUUCACCUUCUUCUUUAUUGAUGAAUGAGGAGAGUCUUAGUAGCAACAGUCACAACUAUGAAUCUCUUCUUGAGCACUUGGAGAUUAGAGAUUGUCCAUCUCUAAAGUACUUAUGCGACCUACCUGCCACACUUAAAACACCUUGACAUUUGGGGAUGCUCAGAGUUGACAUCCUUAUCAUUUAGAAACCAGUUACCUACAGCCCUUGUAAGCCUUAUUGUAUGGUUUUGUCCAAAGCUAGAGUCAAUAGCAGACAAGUUACUCAAUAAUGCGUCUCUUGAACAGCUUGAAAUUUGGAAUUGUGAAAAUCUUAAAUCCUUACCUGAGGGUCUACACAAAUUAUGCCAUCUCAAUAAGAUCGAUAUAAAUAGGUGUCCUAGUGUUGUUUGCUUCCCAGAUGGAGGGUUGCUCCCCACCAGCCUGAGAGAGCUUUCGAUUAGAGACUGUGAGAAAUUGGAGGCCUUGCCCAAUGGCAUGCACAACCUAACCUCGCUUCAAGAGUUAAGCAUAUGUGAUUGUCAAAGCCUUAAGUCCUUUCCGGAAGAUGGUUACCCCUCCAACUUAACAUCACUUAGGUUGAAAGGUGUGAAUAUCCGUAAACAAGUAUUUGAAUGGGGAUUCCACAAACUCAUAUCUCUCAGAUAUCUUUGCAUUUAUGGUGAAUUUCUAGAUUGGAAGUCGUUUCCUGAUAAGGAAGAUGGGGAGACAAUGAUGAUGUUGCCUACCUCUCUCAUCGAACUGAGAAUUGUAAAUUUUCAAAACAUAGUAUUCCUAUCCUCCAAGGACUUUCAAACCCUCUCUUCUCUUCAACGAUUGUCGAUUGUCAAUUGCCCUAAACUCGCAUCCCUCCCAGAGAAGGGCCUACCUACCACGCUUGUGAAGCUACAUAUUAGAUUGUGUCCUGUGCUGAAUCAACAUUGCAAGAAAGGCAAAGGGCAAGAGUGGUUCAAGAUCGCCCACAUCCCUUACGUUGAGAUUGAUGGCAAGUUGGUCUAUGAGCUAGAGGAGGAGGAGGAGCAAUAGUUGUGUAAAACAGAGAAGAAAAAGUACAAAUAUUUGCUCCUUCCAGUUUAUAUAUAUAUCAUGUUGUGGAACAUCAUGAUCAGUGGAUAUGCAAAUAAUUGCUUGAUGGCUUUUUUAUGCUAUGCCCAAGCAGAAUGUCAUUUCAACCAAAGAUUAUGCUUUGUAUGGAUAAUUGAUGCAUUGACAUCCGUGCUGCAGAUGGCAGCAGCUCUUUGGGCUAUAUGGAAUUGCAAGAAUAUGGGCAUGUUUGAAGGGAAGGUUGUCAAUGCUUCUCAAACUCUUAACUACUGCAGCCAUAUGGUCACGAUCUGUCAAGAAGCAAUGGUUGGGAAUCAUUCUCUAAGAAGUUGUAAACCUCCUGUGUGCAAUUGGACAUGAUUUGUUGAUUGUUGAUUGCCUAUUGUCGAGUGUCACAAGUGUUGAUCUUAGUGGAAGUUAGUACCAAAUGAAAGAGUUGCUGGUCAGCUGCAAGCUUUGUCAGACAAUUCAUGAAGCCUUGUCCUGUGUACUUAUGAAAGGCGUGAGCAUGGGUUUGCAGCCUUUGUUGUGGAAUGCAAACACCAAGCUGUGAGCCUGCGAGAUAUGAGCUUUCAAGGCAUUGAUGUGCUGCGUUUGCAAUUUUCUAAGCACUGUUUUCAUCAAGUCCCUAGGCAAGUUUUUCAUUGGUCAUUCAAGCUAAAGGUGGCUAACCUGUUAUUGUAGAUGUUCAGAACCAGUGAGAACAUAUAAAUGGCAAAGCAAUGCAACUCAUUUUGCAAGUCUGGUGAUUACAAAUAUUUUUCUUGUCUUCAUUUCAAUUUAGGCAUCUGCAAUUCCUACAACAGGCUUUUGGAAGCAAGAACUUCAUAAUGCCAUAACGCUUUCUCUUUUCCUUAUGUGAUUUCCCUGCCCUUCAGUCCUAAGGAUCAUACACUACCUACCAAACUUUACCAACUUGUAAAUUGUAAUUUUUCUCCUUUUAUGCAUGUAUUUUAAUGAGAAGACUUGUUAUGCUUAAUUCACAGCUUUAGAUCACAGUAAUGAUGGAACUUAUUGUUUUUGAAACUCUUUUAUGUGAGGGAUGUAUUAGUUUUUUAAAUUAUUUUUAUGUGAGGGAUGUAUUAUAAUGUUGCUGCUUGCCUUUUUCAGUAGCAUGCCCUGUGGCGUUCAAAAACACACUCUUUUCGACAUAUGGAACUCUCCAUGUGCUUAUUUGACAGUAAGCUUUUCGUAACUUACUGCAUUGAAGUUUACGGCUAUAAACAGUCUAUGUUGAGCAUUGCACUCUAUUUUGUUAACAGAAUUUUAUGAGGUGUAUUGUAAGAGUAACCUUGACUAAUUUAGUUCCUACUCUUUUUAGCUAAGCACCUAUGACUAAAGGUAUGUAUUAGAUAGCUCAUAUUGCUAUUUAAACAACACAGGUCCAGGGUUGCUCUCUUUAGUUGGAUACAUCAUAUAGUUGUCAAUUGGUGAUUUAUAACGUAUAGCUUGACCUCUCUUUCACAAAAGUCAGAAGUGCCAAAAAUUAGUUAGUCUCUGACUCUCUGUAAUUGAAAUUUUAUACAUCUUUUUUCUAAUUUUUUUUGCUGUUGUCCAAACAAUUGAAUUGUUUACAGGAAUUGGGAACCUUAUCACUUUGCAUCAGUAGGAUUUGGGGACUCUGAAAUUAGAUGAUGAGAGGAGAUUGAAGGAGAAAUUGGAGCUGAGAGCUUGAAAUUACGACCAGGUAGAGUAUCAGUCUGACUGGCGCAAAGAGAGGGAGAGCUCGCAGAGUAGCUACAGAAAGCUUCUGAAGACCAAACUGGAGAAUUGGUUGAGAAUAAAAGAAUCACUUGGCAUUGCACAUUGUACAUAAAAAGUUGAAAUCAUAGCUUUAAGAUCUACCUACCACCAUAGUGAGUACUAUAUUAAUUGAACUAUCUAAAUUUCAGCUACUUUACUAUUGACAUUGGAUGUAAAGUGAAAUAUUUACCUGCAUUACAUUGAUUUUUAUUGGAAUCUUGGAGAGAAAGUGGCAUUAGCGAAAUUUGAAGAUCAGAUCAUGUUCACUUUCAAAGAUUUCAAAAUGGACCUAUAAAAGAAGGGACACAACAAAAAAGGAGGUUUGUGCCAUAAUUCAAAAACAUUCUACUCAGUUUGCACAUGCCCUUUAUGAAAAGUUGAUUCCUGUAUAGACAUUGAAUGAAAAGAAGCAGCCUAGCUAUUUGUAAGGAUCCAUCCCCCGGCAGAAGUCUCCAGUGAAUUUAUAGCUGAGGAAAGAAAAUCCCAAAUGACAAACAACCAAUGAACUUUUCAUGUGUGUUCAUGCAAGUUGUUCAUUGGUCAUUCGAGCUUGAGGAGGCUAACCAGUUAUUAUAGGUGUUCAAAACCAGUGAGAACAUGUAAAUGGCAAAGCAAUGCAACUCAUUUUGCAAGUCUUGUGAUUACAAAUAUUUUUCUUGUCUUCAUUUCAAUUCAGGUAUCUGCAAUUUUCUUUAACAGGCUUUUGGAAGCAAGAACUUCGUAAUGCCAUAACUCUCUCUCUUUUCCUUACGUGAUUUCCCUGCCCUUCACUCCUAAGGAUCUUAAGCUACCUACCAAACUUUACCUACUUGUAAAUUGUAAUUUUUCUCCUUUUAUGCAUAUAUUUUAAUGAGAAGACUUGUUAGGCUUACUUCACAGCUUUAGAUCACAGUAAUGAUGGAACUUACGUAGUUUUUGAAAAAAAAAAAUUCAUGUGAGGGAUGUAUGAGUUUUUGAAAUUAUUUUUGUGUGAGGGAUGUAUUAUAAUGUUACUGCUUGCUUCUUUCAGUAGCAUGUCCUAUGGAUUCAAAAA